AUGAGCUCGCACACAUCCUACAAGGCUAGGAGAACACCACAGGCUUGUGUCGCAUGUCGUCGCCGCAAGACAAAAUGCGACGGCGUGCGGCCUCGCUGUCGCCAUUGCGCAUCGCGUCAUCGGCAGUGUGUAUGGCCAGACGACUCUGCUGACGGCUCGCCACAUAUCGCGACGCCACUCUCACCAGUCGCGUCAACCGUCGUCACUACCAUUGCCAGUCCAUCUGCGGUGCCUUCUGCCCUGCCCGAGUGGCCUGCGGUCAAGAGGUGUCUUGACUUGUUCAUCCAGUAUCACUGGGCCACUGAUUUCUGCUCAUUCCUCCACCGGCCCGAUUUUGAGGCUCAUUACUCGGAGACGCCAUUCUUGGCCGUGUCUAUAGUGGCCUUGUGCUCGCGGUAUCUGACGGCAGACGAGGCCCAUAACCUCUUUGGGUGUGAGAAUGGUCACCAAGUCUGGGCACAGUAUACUCAACUUGCCAGGAGUUUGGCCAAGGAGACUUCGGAUGACCCGAAAGUCUCUAAUAUACAGGCUAAUCUCGUACUCGGUCACUCUGAGCUGCUGGCUGACGCGGGAUCGAGCCACUGGCUGCACAUAGGCACGGCGAUACGUAUGGCACAAAUCAUGAGGCUAAAUCGGGAAUUCCAUCAGAGACAUUCUCUCAAAGAACAAGAGAUUAGGAGGCGCACGUUUUGGGCCUGUCUGCUUUUCGAUCGUCUGAUUGCAUUCUUGAUGGCCAAACCACGGACUCUAUAUGAAGUGCACAUAUCCGUGGCCCUGCCCAUAUCAGAAACCUCCCUUGCCUAUGGCGAGGCAACCAACGGUUUGACGCUGGCCACGCUCGGAGUCGGCGGUUUCAUGGGGCGAGUCUCGGACACGGGCCUCAUGCCAUUCUAUAUCAAGACGCUGACCCUGUGGAGCGCCGUGGCGGAUAUCAAGAUCUGCGGUGGUCGAUUCUUUGAAAAGGCCGUACCGACACACCCCGCCAGUCGUUUCUAUCAGCGGCAUCACAAGCUGCGAGAGUGGGUGUCGGCGUUGCCGCCCAGUUUGGCCUGGAGCAAUGAUAACUAUAACUUGCACUGCUCCGUCGGCCAGGGAGGCAUCUUUGCCACGAUGCAUUUUCUACUGCACAGCGCCUUUUGCGUCGCGCACCAGCUCUAUCUCCCGCAGGCCAAUGGGCAGUCCAUGCUAACGGAUAAGCUUGAUGCGAGCGGGUGGUCACUAUUGAGAAGGGAACCUGCCUUUAUCAAUACUUGUGUCUCGAACGCGCUUGUUGUUGGCGAGAUAGCAUCGACUCUAUGGGAAGCGGGACCGACAGGCGUGGCUCAGCUGCAGUCUGUAUGGAUCGCUAAUGCCAUGUUGUCUGCCGCUCCAACCUUUUUAUGGUUACAAUUCGCAAGCGACCUGGAAGGUAUCCAGCCCGAAACGCGCAAUCAGGCGCAGGUAUACUUGUCCCUGUUCACCGCCGUCAUCUCGACGUGGAACUCGUGGGCCGUCGCAAAGCCCUGGAGAAACACCAUCAGAGUGUGGACGGCUGUGUAUCGUCUGGUCUACCUCGGAGAACCCAUCACCAUCAAUCUAGACGGCAGUGAUGAAGAGGCGGCUAAUACAGAGCCGGGACAGGAGUCUUUCACGGACGACUUUCUCAAGUCCCAGUACCGACCAGAGCCUGGCAACGGUCUUUGCCCACUGCCGGGCGACGGCUCGCAUUCUCUGAGAGAAGCCUCAUAUCUGAACAAUACCUUGAGACUCAAUGUCAUUGAUGAGGCGGCCAAACGCGCAUUACUGCACGGUAUGUGGCUCCAGUUGGCAAAUGGUUGGCCGAAUGAAUUUGGUGGUAUGGAUGACUUUGCUUUUGAUUUUCCCAUAGCACAGUAA